GAGCAUGGGGAGGGAGGAAGGAAGAGUCCACACUGCUCUUCUCCCCGGGCCCAGUCUUGAGUGAGAAGAGGCCUGGAGAUUUGUGAAGAUCUCUUGAAGGCUGUCCAAGGCCCAGCCUAAGAGUUGGGGGAGCAGAUGAACAGGGAAGAUACAGAAAGGAGGGGACAUAAGCCACUCCGAAGAUGAGGCCAAGGCCCUAGUAGCCUCCCGUAUGCCUCCCAUACACACUGAAGACAAUGUGCAGGAACAUGUAAGAAUGGAGGCCACUAACAACCGGCCGAGAUGCACAAGGUCAAAUGAUUCCUGUGUUCACCCGUCCUUUUGUCUCUCUGUUGCUUAAAUUUGUUGACAUUUCCUCCUUCCCCUCCCUUCCCCCUGCCUCCCUCCCUUGUUCCUGUGUCCCUUCAGGCUUCAUCCACUCACCCACUGAGCUUACACAGAGGCUCUCGGUGAGCCAGGCACUAUGCCAAAUGCUGGAGGUACAGUGCUGAACUUGACGACCUGCACUCAGAAAGUGUACUGUCCGGGAGGGGAGAAAACAGGUCAUUGUGUGGCCAGGUGGCUAGAAAGGGCUGUAAUGGAAACUUUUACAAAAAUGCGGUGAGAGUGACAGGAGCAGCCAGCCACCCUUUAGGCCAGCUGCUCUGCACAGCCGGAGAGGGUUGGAGCAGGACAAGUGGCCCCACCGGCACCCAGUAUCUUGGGGAGCAGUGGGGAAUCAGUGAGCCCAUGAGAGGCCAGAUUGGGCCACCGCCCAGCAAUGGAAGCAUAGCGAUGGUCUUGGAAGAUGCUGGGAUGCCCAGUCCAGGGCAGGUCAGGCAGAAGACUCACGGCCACCUUGUCAUUGGGCCACCUCCUCCGUGGAUGGCAGAGAAUGAUGUCUGAGAGGCACUGGGAAGCAGAGGAAGCCCACAGUGCAUCGCUUAAGGGACCAGAAACCUCAGAAAUGGGUUUCAAGGAGACAGCCUUCCUGUAUGCAGUGUCCGCGGCUGCCCUCACCCAUGCGCUGGCCCGGGCCUGCAGUGCUGGGCGAAUGGAGCGCUGCACCUGCGAUGACUCUCCAGGCCUAGAAAGCCGGCAGGCCUGGCAGUGGGGUGUGUGUGGCGACAACCUCAAGUACAGCACCAAGUUCCUGAACAACUUCCUGGGGCCCAAGAGAGGAAGCAAGGACCUGCGGGCUCGGGCUGACGCCCACAACACCUAUGUGGGCAUCAAGGCUGUGAAGAGUGGCCUCAGGACCACCUGCAAGUGCCACGGAGUGUCAGGAUCCUGUGCUGUCCGCACCUGCUGGAAGCAGCUCUCCCCAUUCCGUGAGACCGGCCGGGUGCUGAAGCUGCGCUACGACUCAGCUGUCAAGGUGUCCAGUGCCACCAACGAAGCUUUGGGCCACCUGGAGCUGUGGGCACCUGCCAAGCCAGGUGGCUCUGCCAAAGGCCUGGCACCCCGCCCGAUUGACCUGGUCUACAUGGAGGACUCCCCCAGCUUCUGCCGGCCCAGCAAGUAUUCUCCAGGCACAGCUGGCAGGGUGUGCUCCCGGGAGACCAGCUGCAGCAGCCUGUGCUGUGGGCGUGGCUAUGACACCCAGAGCCGCCUGGUGGCCUUCUCCUGCCACUGCCAGGUUCAGUGGUGCUGCUACGUGGAAUGCCAGCAGUGCAUGCAGCAGGAGCUUGUAUAUACCUGUAAGCGCUAGACACUGCAUGGUGAGCUGGCCUGUGCUUCCAGGACCUUGGUGGCCCCGUGGAACAGGUAUACACAAUGUGUAUGUGGACACUGAUGGACCUGCCUGCACACGUGUGUGCCACUCCUCACUUUUCUGUCCCCACUCCAUCCUUGGCCAGCCUCUUGCCUCCCAUAAUACUCAGCAAACUGAAGCAAAAGGUCCUGCCCUGAGUCCAAGGGUCUCCAAACUUUUUGAGGAUUUGGAGCAGGAAAGCAGAGUAGAAAGUGAUAUGGAGGGAAACAAAGGAGACCUAGAGGAGGGCAGGAGUGAAGUUGUGCAGGGAAGGAGGGGUAUCCUGCCAUCUCCCAUUCCUGGGAUGCAUGGCCUCGAGCCAGCAAGCCACUGGGAUUAUGCAGGAGAGACAGGGCCAGCUGGAAGCUGGGUAAUCCAGUCCUCUAGCCUUGCUCAGAUUGCAGUGUGAGCUCUGGGUGCCAUACACCCACACUGCUCUGGAGGUGGUCCUAGGAGCUGUUUGGAGUGAGGGAAUCUUUCUGGGUUUAGUGGAAUCAAGUUAGAUCCAUGCUGGCAAGCCUCAUGUCCUUGAUUUGAUUUUUUUUUUCAAAGCCAGCUGUACGGAGACCUCAUUGUUGUCUCCAUAGCUGAAUUUCUCACAGCUAUCCAGCUCUGUUCAGUGAGACUUCCAAGGCAGAUGAGAAAGGUGGGACCGCUAGUCGCCAGAGUGGGACUCAAACAGUGUACCUGCGGUGGGGCAGGAAGACAGUGACUCCUUUCCAUUUUCCCUGGUGGUCAAAGGAAACUGAUGGCAUCCCAUAGGAGGGUAACAGUCACUUGGUGCCAGCUGGGAUGCAGCAAGCUCAGUGUUUCAGCUUGCCCUGGAGUGUGUUCUACUGGCCCCCGUGCUGUGGUCCACCUGGGCUGCGAGGCCCCGAAGUUGCUGAUGUUUAUGUUGCUAAAGGACCCCCCGGACUCAUGAUCUGCGAUUCGUGUUGCACGUCUGUUCUCACGACUGCUUGUCUAAUUCAGGCUUUUGUCCUGGCAGAGUCUGCUAAGCCUGGCCCCUUGGCGGCCCUUUCAUUUAGUAAUAGCCCCUUGCUCGGGCUCCAAUGUGAGGAAUAGAAGUGACUUUGCUAACUAACUUCCAAGGCCCGGAGUAGAAGGAGGAGAGAACCUGUAUCCACUCAUAGGUGCAUGCAGAUGUCUGCACCACCAGGAGGGUUUCCAGGUAGAGGGUUUCCAGAGAGCAGUGCACAUCUCUAGCCCAGGACAAAGAUCUCGCAGGGGUCAGUUUGCUGGAGGCUGUGUGCUUCCCAAGAGCAGGGCUUGAGGCCAGCAGGGAGGAAGUGACCUCCUUUGGGAAACUUGUGGCUGCUUUGCUGGCCUACCGUGCCCUCUUGUACACUUCCUUUUUCCCUGAACCCAAGGCUGCUGACCCUCUGCUGAAACAGGAAAUCCAGCAUCAGCCGAGUGCACAGAACCCUUGGCAAUUCCAGCUCCAGGAAGAAGGCCAGUGGCUGGGCCCAGUAGCCACCCUGAGACCUUCACAGCCAGAGGAGCCACCCUCUGGUGACUCAAGGCAGUCUGGGAGGGUUGGAAGGAUCUUUGAUGGCAGAGCCAAACUGACUUGAUUCCCCUUGCCAGAAUGACUUUGCUACCCUGGCAGCUGGCCCACCUCUUGGCAGAAGGAGAAAAAAGGGUUACAACCUGGUUUUCUAGUUUUGUUCUACUUCCCUCUGAGUGGAAACUUGUUCUCUGCCAGCCUGAUCCAUCUUGCAGCUCUGUGACUCCAACCCCGCUUCUACAUUGGCUCAGCCCUGGGCUGCACUGGCAGAAAAAGGCACUUGGAAGCAGUGUGAGGCCAAAGGCAUCCUGAUCUGCUAACACUCCAUCUGUACCCCAACUUUAUGGCUGUUGGAGCUUGGUUGCAUGAGGCUAAGGGGUGGACUCAGAUGACCUAGGUCAUAGCUGGCCACUAGCAGUGACACCCAGGUCACUGACCCUUCAGCUUGUGGAGAUCUUCUUUGUCCAGCCAUCCCUCUUCCUUUCUCUUCUUGCUUCCAGCUCUUUCUCUCCCUGUUACCCCUAAAGAGCCACCUUAGCCCUUCUGGGGCCCCUGGGAACAAGUGACCAAUAACCCCUCAUUCUGUAGCUUUAAGGGAAAUGCUCACAGGGUAUUUUUGUCUACCUCACAUAUAUAGUUUUUAGGGCAAAGAGAAUAUUUAUAUAGCUAAGAUAUAUGGGAAAAUAUUUAUGUUAUUUAUAUAGUUUCUCUUUCACAGGCAGCACAUGUGGAGUUUGUGUUUCCCUCAGAAGCCCUCUGACUGGGGAAAUGCAGCAUAGCCUGAUUGGGUCCCCCACUGAGCUAGAUGCCAGAGGACGGGGGGAGGUCGCAAUAGCUCAGGGUCCCAUGAUCUGUCUUGGAGCUGAUGAGCAUGCGUCUCCUCUGCGAUGUGCCCUGCUGGCUUGAUCUGGAUCCUCCUUGCAAAGUAUUUGUAGAGUCUCUGCUCCUCUGGGUCCCAGGCCCCCUUCUUUAGCUCUGGCAAAAGUGUUUUGCUCAUAAUAAUAAUAAUGACAACAAGGAUGACCACACCUGGCCUUUGUAAAGCAUUUUUUCCCUUUUCAGAAACACUUCUAGCUCUUUAACCGCUUGACUUCUCCAUUGUCCUUGGGAGGCGGUUGGGGCUACAUCACUGUGCACAUGUUUGAGAUGAGGCCCAGAGAUGGAGGUCUGUGCUCAAAGUCACACAGCGGGGGAAUUGUUCCAUCAAUAUUUACUGAACGUCUCCAUGGAUCUGGCCCUGGGGGAUGUGACUUACCCUGAGCCUGGGAGCCAAAGCCUAAAUACCAGCCCAAGCCCAGGGACUCCUUGAAAAACCAGUCCCACUGCUAAACUGGGCCAUCGUUCCCAACUGGCUGCAUCAAAUCAGUGCAAGGGAUAAGAUGUAUGGAGGCUGUCCAAUUUGCCAAGGGGCCCCUGCCCCAGCCUUCCCCAUUCAUGCAUGCUCUUGCCAGGCUGUCGUGGGCACACAGAGUCUGUCCCCUGCUCUAGUUAACCCCAGGUGCCCUGCAAUCCUCUAUUUUCUGGCAGACAGGUAGACAGAUAAACUCAUACUAACCCUGAAGUUUAUUUCUUGCUUUCUAAAGUUUCCUUUCCCAACAAACAUGAACUUCCGUUGCUUUUUGUCCCAGCACAUUUUAUGGUAGUUAUCACUUGUUGAGUGCCCACCACAUCCUUCUGUGAUUAUUUAUUAUGUUCCUAUUGAAUGCCAGGCACUCCCUCCCUGGGUGCUGGGGUACCACAGUGUAUGAGACCAAGUGGGGAUGACAUCCUGGUGGUGGAAAGACAAUUAGCCAAUAAAAAACUACA